GUUGAGCUUGCGCCCUGAAGCGUAUGAGAUUACGUUUGACUUGAAACAAAACGGAUGUUUCAAAAACAAAACUGGCAGUUUAAGUAGUAGGAAAAGAAAACUUUCUUUUCUAAGGCAGUGCAUAACUUUAAGCCUAAUAAAAUGAAGACCAGCGUCAACAUCUUCUCUCUGUGUUUGGUGCUACUGACAGUGAGCCAUACAUCGGCUGACUUCAACAGUGAAAGAGCGAAAGUGACACGGGCAUGUAGCUACACCGUAGACAAAUGCGUGCAGUUAUCAGGCUCGAUGAUGCCUGACACUGAUGCCAAAUGGUGCACGCUGCUGGGUUCCUCUAAAGACGGCGUCACGUCCGAACAGUGUCUUGUCCAGCUGGGCUACUGUAAGGCGGAGGAGUCCACGGCGCUGAAAAACGGCGCAUGCGCGCAGUCUACCUCGCCGCAGCAGACGUCAAGCGCGAUAAAAAUUUCCGUGUACGGUGACAUCUCCAAGACAACCGAGCAAUGCCAGAGCAGGAUCGUGAGCUGCACAUUUGACACCAGCGUCGGCACCGUGCUGAAGCAACAAGAACAGUUCUGUAAACUCAUGAACCUGGGCGUAUCCGGCAAGACGACCAACACCUGUUUGAGCCAGUCCUGCACGGAAUCGGAAUUCGCUCAGCUGAAAACCACCGCCUGCUCGACGACCCAGUCCAUGCGUUUUUCCGACGUCAUCGUGGCCACGUCGCUGACUUGCCAGAACGGUAUGGAGACCUGCACCUACUCGACCACCACCACCACCACGACCACCACCAGCGCCCUCGCCUUGAUCCGGGCUCAAAGAUACUGUGACGUCAUGAACUACAAGGCCCAGGUGACAGCCAGCGAGUGUUUGAAAGGUCAAGGCUGUACUGACGACGAGAUCAACAAACUCAAGGCUGCGGCCUGCAGUGGUUCUCACAUUGUGGCUUCACUCGUCCUUCUCAUCGUUGCUGCUUUGUACAAACUUUUGUAACCUCUUUACUUACAAUAUACUACUUUACAUUUCCACAA